AUGAGUCAGUUGUCAAGCAGAUAUCCAGAGGUUCAUGGGAGCCACAGCCAGUUCAUGACAUCAUAUAUUGGUAACACAUCACCAUUCUCAUCGAAAGACACUUCAUCACCAAAUGGCGUGGUGAAGUUGACCGUGCGAGCCAAUAAUUCAGAGCUGAGCUUCCUGCUUCUCCUGUCGUUGAAGCUCUGCUUCCUGUGCUCGCUGGUGUUCAUCGGCCGUCCAUCAGUCUGGGCCUGUGGAUUGCCGCCUGGUCGGUUCCAGCAGGCAGCUUUUGGCAUCAGCUUUGUACUUUGUGUUUCCUGCCUCCAAGUCAAGACUAUUGUAGUUCUGGCAGCUUUCUGCGCAGCCCGGCCUGGUGCUGGAGCCCUGAUUAAGUGGUUUGAUCCAGGCCAACAGAGAGGAAGUGUCUGCCUUCUUACUGGUAUACAGAUUAUCAUCUGUGCCACAUGGCUAUCCCUCAGCCCCCCUGUGCCUCGACGUGAUCUGGGUUUCCAAGGGUCAAAGGUCACCCUGGAGUCUGCCAUGGCCUCAGUGGUGGGUUUCUCUCUGGUUCUGGGCUACAUUUGUCUGCUGGCCUUCACCUGCCUCCUCUUGGCCUUUCUUGCUCGGAAACUCCCUGACAAUUUUAAUGAGGCCAAACUGAUCACCUUCAGCAUACUGAUAUUCUGUGCUGUCUGGGUGGCCUUUGUCCCUGCGUAUGUUAGCUCUCCUGGAAAGUACACUGUUGCUGUGGAGAUUUUUGCAAUCCUGGCCUCUAGCUAUGGUUUGCUGUUCUGUAUUUUAACCCCAAAAUGUUUUAUCAUU